UGUGAGCGAGAAGGGUGAACGAGAGGGAAAUAAGAGCUGCUCUGUCUUUGUCAUCUGCAGCUAAACUCAACCUGUUUUCUCUUUCUCGCUGUGCCAGUCACAUGCUCAGCCAGCUUGUUUACUUGCACUGGUUUGGUCUCUCUCUUCGUCCCAAACUCCCUCCCUCUCUCUCUCUCUUCCUCCGAUCCAGCCUCUCUCACCCGCCCACCAGUUGGUUCCUGCUCAGUGUUAUGUGGCGAUAAGAGCUCAGACGAAAAAGACGGCCUAAGCAGCCCUUUUCUCUCAAGAUUUGGUCCUUUGCUGUUGCAUCUUCUCCUGCACUUUAACUUUCCUCGGACAACCAUGUUCCGCCUGACUGCAGGCCGCCUGGGCAGCCUGGUGACCAGGCGCGCGACAGCGGCCCUGACCACCAACACCGCGAAGAUGGCGACCGCGAGCCACGGUCACGAGGUGUCAGGGACAGUGGACAUGUCUCAGCCUCAGUACUUUGACCGUCUGGACACCCCUCUACCUGACAAACCCUACAAAGACGUCUUGACUGCCGCUGACAAGAGCCUGAAACAGAAGGAGAAGGGACCCUGGGGCCAGCUGACCAAAGAGGAGAAGCUUGCACUGUAUCGCCUCGCCUUCCGUCAGACCUACUCAGAGAUGAAGCAGCCGUCAGCAGAGUGGAAGACCGUCAUGGGGGGCAUCUUCCUCUUUCUGGGCUUCACCGGGUUGGUGGUGUGGUGGCAGAGAGUCUACGUCUACCCUCAGCGUCCUAGAACCUUUGAGGAAGAGUGGCAGGCCAAACAGCUACAGAGGAUGCUGGACAUGAGGGUCAACCCCAUCGAGGGCUUCUCAGCCAAGUGGGACUAUGAGAAGGGCCAGUGGAAAUAAAGAGAGGACCAGACUGUAGCCGAGGUGGCACAGAGUCCCGGACCUGCUGCCCUCAGAGGAUGGAUUUUUGCUCCAUACUGUGAAGCAGCUGUUGAAGUCAGUCUCGAUUUGAAUGUUGCAUUUUAACUGUCAAAACCACUAGAAGAAUAGAGCGUAUCCACUGACAACACCUCUGGGGCCAUUUUACUCUGUGCCACCUGUGGCUCUCAGUCAGGGGCCUCCUCUCCAACCUCUGCAGCCUUCUGUCAUGGUGAUUACUGUGUCCGUCCUGUUGGAACCUAAUAAUAAUAAAGUUUUGCUGAUGCUUC